UGGGCCUCUAUGUUGGGUUCAUUCAGACAAACUUCUUUCACAUAUCUGUGCCUCCUCGCUUUCGCAGAGUUUGGUUUGGUUUGAUCACGGAAGAGUUACUAUUUUGGCAUACUCUUCUUUAUUAUAUGUCUCAUAAUAUUAUUCAAGCUGCGGCUCCGCUUCCAUUUGCUAACCCCAAUAUCGACGCUUUUCGAAGAGAAAUUCGCGCUGGAAACCUACCAGGUGUUCAAAAUACAUUCUCUGAGUGGCUAGAAGACGACCCUUCAAAUAUUUCGAAGAUAGGACGUUUAUAUCUUUGCAUAGGCGAUGCUAUUGAGUGUAGUCAGCAUGAAAUCCUCACCUAUCUGCUAUCGGAAGGUUUUCCUCUCGACAUGUUUGACAUCCGUCUUGCUACCCGCCGUAAGGAACGAUGCGCGCUUGAAAUACUUAUUGCCCAUGGGUGGAACAUCAACAAACCAAGGACUAACCGUGACCCCCCUUUAUUGAGCCAAGCCAUAAAGGAUGAAAAGCUAGCUUCUUGGUUUUUAGACCAUGGAGCUAAUCCAAAUGCUGAAUGCGAUUUUGAUUUUACUCCCCUCUCCGCGGCAAUGGUCAGCGCAUCAUUUGCUACCAUCAAGUUAUUAUUUGAUCGCGGAGGCUCGGUCAAACACGGUCAACUACUCCAUUAUGUUGCCAGACGAAGCGGGCCAGAUCGCAUUAAGAUACUAGAUUUCAUCCUCUCAAAGGGAGCGCCAGGGAUGAACAGACUACUGCACCAGCAUCGGCCUGCUGACUAUUUACCCCUCGAGUAUGCCGGCCUGUCGACUCCGCUAGGGAUGGCUGCUAGAGAGGGGACUUUGGAUAUAGCCCGGUAUCUUUUAAAAAGCGGUGCGGAUCCCACAAUUAAGAACUCGCUAGGAUAUCUACCGAUUGAGACUGCAGAAUAUUAUAAUAAUCAUGACAUCGUUACGCUUCUGUCCGAGUUUGGUGCGGCGUCGUCAAAUCAUUGA